UGUUUUUAGAGUGUGCGUUCGGACGGUCAACACGUGGGGAGGAGAGACAAGAGACACACAUACACACACGAAGCGGGGGGACACGUUGGGAUUGUGCUGGGCCUUGAGCACGUAAUAUUAACAUUAUACGGUGGCGGUGCGAGGGACGCAUAAACACAGUGUAGCUGCUAGGGUCCAGAGGAGAUGCCACUGAGGUUCCGGUCCUUUGUUCCGUAUACGCUUCCUGGAGUGCUGGCGCUCAUAGGCUGGUGGUGGUACAUCUCCCGCAAGAAAGAGCGAAUCACCAGCCACGACAGUGAGGAGGGGUCAGUUAUGGGCUUGCGAACCUCCCCUGGCGAGGGCAGCAAUGGGAUGGUUGACAAGAGCUGCCCCACGGCUAGCAGCACACACCGCAGAACCAGCCGAGACAAAGUCAAGGCCAAAGAGCACAGACCUGUUGAGCAGGAAGUUGUAGCGGAGAUUCACACGCCAGUGCUAAAAGCCACUACAGGGGAGGCUCUCGGCGCCCCUCCAGUUGUGUUGGCCAGUGGACAGCUAAGCGCUCCUCAGAGCGGUACAAAAUCAGUCCCCCCACAAAGCCACCCAGAGACAACAACUCCCGUGUCAUCGUCAACCCCAACAAAAACAGUGGAGGAGAGCACUCAUCACAAAGGACCGGAGGCUGCCAUUGGCAGCAAGCCUUCAAGCCAGUUACCGCCAGAUCUAGCAAGCACUGGUUCAAUCAAGAAGCACGUCGAAAACCAACCACUAACUAAGCAGCGUCCCGCAGAGCUAGCCAAAGCAGAGCGACCUGAACCUGAGGGAGAGGUGGCCACUAAAACCACAGCACUGACUUGCACUCAGAAUCUCCCGGCUGACAUUUCAAAAGAUGAGCUGGUCUCCGCUACAGAGGCCGAGGCUGUCCUACUGGAGACCUGCAGCCCGAAAACUCCACUGACUCUGACCUCGUUCCCCAACUCCACCAGCACACCCCUUUCAGAAAGCUCCACGGAGGCUCGGCACCAUGAAAACGGAGACCUGGGCUUGCCGGCCGAGACCAGUCCAGACAUGCAGGAGCUCCAGCGUCUCGCGGCGGGGCUGAUCACUGAGGUCAUCUCGGCAGCCACCCAGGAGGUCAUGGCGGUCAGCAGCUGUGAGUCCCGGUACAGCGAGGGCUCUGAAGCGUCCAACAGCAGCACACCGGCUGUAAAUGGUAAGGAAGUGGAAUCGUGCGCUCCUCCGGAGAGUGUGGAAAACGCAGAGUCACGGGCGGUGCAGAUAGCGGAAGACCUCGUCAACGGUUGUCUGGCGCCUUCGCUCUGGAAGAUGCCGGAGAAUGAGAAGGAAAGAGGCUCGCUGACUGUGCCGUCUGGGGAACAGUUGGAGUCCACGCCGGUUCUGGCCAAGCUGCAGGCGGAGGAAGCUCUGGUGGAAGACUCGGGAUGUAGCACGUGCCAGUCCGAGGAUGGCGUCAGCAGCGAGGAUCUCCACAGCACAGGGUUGUCCUCGAACGUGUCUGAGAGUAAAGAGGACCUCAUUCAGAUUUCAGGGACUUGUAGGGCCUCAGAAAGUCAUGGAGAUGGACUGCAGGAGAGUCUUGCUCUAACUGCCCCUCAGGAGUCCCCGCUCACCGCAGAAAACGUGGCUACGGUUUGCGAGGCAGCACGGUUGAAUGGGACAGGUUUUAGGAAUGGCGCCGCUAGUGAGGUAGAAGCUGACCAAUCAGGAGGUUCAGAUGUGAAUAGCAUGGAUUCAGUGGACAGCUGUUCGACCUUGGGGGCGGGAGACAGCCAGCUGAGUGGCAGCCAGACCUGUCAGUCACAGAGCUCUGAGCUUAUUGUGUGGGAGAUUGAGGUGCCAAAGCAUCUCGUGGGACGGCUAAUCGGCAAACAAGGGAGAUACGUGAGCUUCCUGAAGCAGAGCUCUGGUGCUAAGAUUUACAUUUCAACCUUGCCUUACACUCAAGAGUUUCAGAUCUGCCAUAUAGAGGGAACCCAGCAGCAGGUAGAUAAGGCCCUGGCCUUGAUUGGGAAGAAGUUCAAAGACUUGGACCUGACCAACUUGUAUGCUCCACCUCCCCCACCGCUAACGCUGCCCUCUCUACCCAUGACUUCCUGGCUUUUGUUGCCCAAUGGGGUGACAGUGGAGGUGAUCGUGGUGAACAUUGUAUCAGCCGGUCACGUAUUUGUCCAGCAGCACACUCACCCUACAUAUCACGCCCUGCGCAGUUUGGACCAGCAGAUGUUCCUUUGCUAUUCACAGCCCGGCACGCCCCCCCUGCCAUCGCCUGUUGAAGUUGGAGUGAUUUGUGCGGCCCCAGCUGUAGAUGGAGCCUGGUGGCGAGCGCAAGUUAUUUCCUUCUACAAAGAUUCAACUGAAGUGGAAAUCCGAUAUGUUGAUUACGGAGGCUACGACAGAGUCAAGAUUGACACCCUUCGACAGAUCAGGUCAGACUUUGUGACGCUACCGUUCCAAGGAACAGAAGUGUUAUUGGACAACAUUGCCCCACUUCCAGGAGAGGAUCGGUUCUCAGCGGAGGCCAAUUCUGCGCUGGAAGAGAUGACAAGAGGGGUUCCAUUGCUGGCACAAGUCACCAACUACGACAAUAAUACAGGACUUCCUUUAGUACACAUGUGGAACAUGGUGGGAGAGGAGCUGGUCCUGCUCAACCGCACUUUGGCAGAGCGAGGUUAUGGCACCUGGGUGGACAGUUUCUGAUCCUCCAGAGCUUCCUCGCCCUCCUCUCCUCACUCACCUCGUGGCCCACCCGCCCCUUAAUUAUCACCACUCGUCAUGAAUAUCUGCAGGUUCUGUCCUCCUCACCCCAUCAUGUCCUCCACCACCUCCUUCCUGAAGUGCGCACCUCUGGCUCCGGGAGUAUCUUUUUUUGGUUUGCUGUCCCCUCCUCCAUCCUGCCUUUUUCUGUUUUCUUUUUUCUUUUCUAUCCCCUUGCGUAUGAAAUCAAUGUACUGUAUGAAAGAGAAAAAACACAAAGAGAGAGUCAAGCAUCAAUGACCGAACAUCCAAUAAGGACUGAAGUUUUGACUCUGUGCUCUUGUAAAUUUCAAAUAUUGUAACUAAAUAAAGGUUAAUCAUGUUUCCGUCCGAUCAGACUCCUUCCAGCACAAAAAACGACUGUGGAUUAUCAUGCCGUGGAUGAAAAAAUCUGUAGUAGUAAUAAAAGUACAUUUAAGAAGAUAACUGGUGCAGUUAAGACUCAGCGUUGCUGCUACUGAUGUAAUCUUGGGACUUGAGACAUCAUGUUUGCAUUUACAUUAUCAAGGCUUCGUCCCAGUGUUUCACUUUCCAGUCGGGUGGGUACAGUUUGGCAAGGAAUAAACAACCACAGCUCCAUGUCGUCCAUUUUGAUGUCUGUCUGUACAACAGUGUGGCCUUAGAGGGUGAUGCGCAACCCAUGACCUCCCUCUUCACCACACUCUGGAUCUGUAGGACUCCAACUGCCUUUGGCGUCAAUAGGCCUGACACCAAAAAUCACUUCAUUUACUUCACUGAUUACAGAGUCUGUUAAUCCAGGAGACGUCUGUGCCCUCCUGACCUCUGGGCCUUUUUUUAGGAAAGACUGUGCUGAGUCUUCAGCCCCUAGAGCGACACUAGAGUUUGAACGGUGCUGCUACAGAUGCCGAAUACUGACCUGUGGGGACACUAAGUGAACCAGAACACUACUGUGUGAUGGGGACAGCAGGGCACUUCCAUUCUGGGUGGAUGAACUGCGUUCAAUGGGUCUGUGUGUUUUUGUAUGCAUGUAAUUUUGCUCUAAAGCACGUCGAUUCACGUCAUCUGUGUAUCGGGCCACUUGCUUUCGUCUCACUCAAGAUCCGUCUCGCAAUAACGUCAUGUCUAGUAGACCCAUUGCCAUUAAUGUCUCUCUGCAUUCUGUAAAUAACUUGGUACGCAGUGUCCAAUCUCUGCAACCCACCCAAUUGGCUACUAGGAGAAGCUGUCGAUACACCUACCUGUCUUGGAGAAGAUAAAAAGCUUUAAGCCUUAUCCAUUGCUCCUUUUUUAUGUUGGUUUUACAUGAGAUGUAAUUAGGGUUGCUUUAUUACUGUAUAAUUUGUUAAAGAAUAAUGGCACAGAGAUUAAUAUUCCCUCUUUUUUUUGUAUCUCCUCAUUGAUUAUACUCUUUCAGUCAUUUAGAUGGCUUUUUGGCCAAGGCUCGUUCCUUUUUCUGCUGCUGAAUUAUUGCUAAUAAUGUUUGUUGGACUCCGGAAUGUCUAAGGUCGUCCCCGCAUGAGACGUUUCCAAGCUUUUAGCUUGGGUUUUUGGAUGCUAGCAUUAUAGUUGUUAGCCUCUAAAGCCCUAGAUGAACUUUACAUGGUGUCAAAAAUAAAUACCCCCCUUCUAUUACUGCAUAUAUUUGGCUUCACCAGAUUGGAUGGAAACAUAAAAUAGUUUUUUACACUUAUUUUGAAACGAGAGUACACACUGCUCACUUUAGCGGUAGUAUUGAGCGCUAAGUAUGUGUAAACUGACAGCGUUGGAAAGUAACGUCACGUUUAGUCGUCUGUGAGGGGCAUUAGACGGUUUUCCACUAUGCUACGAGGUUUUCUGCAAUAUUUCCUUCACACGCUUUUGUUUCUGUACUGUCCUGCGUUCAUCUCAGGUAUGAGCUUUUCAUUUCUUCGUGUGUUUGAGGAGAAUUAUUAGUCAUUCUUUCAGGAAUUGAUUGCGCGGCCCAUUCAAGGUCUGCCUGCACUACCGCAGGUGCAUAAAUAAGGAACCACACCGACCUCAGAGCCGAAACGUUUCAUUGUUCUGUCGUUAGGUCUGUUUGUUUUACGGUUUUUCUUUUGUAUUAAUCAAGUCCAAUUACUCUUUGCAUACGCUCAUAUCUUGACUGACAUGGCCUCCUACCACCAGUUCAAAUGUGUCCUCCUGUAUGUUCCUACCCGCUCUCCUGUAAUGAAAUCACGCUACUUUAGACUUGUCCAGGUUUGUGUGUGUGUGUAUAUAUAUAAAUAUAUAAGAUGUCUCACUGUACUUUUGUAAAAACACUGGAGCGAGUGUAGGAAACAAAAGGGAACAUUAUAUUUUUUUUCACCCCCACCUUCCGACAUCUGCUCAUUUGUUCUCUGUUGGUAGGAAUGGUUUGAAAUGUUUGCUUAGCUAGAUAAUUAAUCAUUUGAUUAUUUAAAUGAGUGUAAGAAGUCCUGCAUAGACAUGUACAGGUCAGUUUUUGCCAGACUCAUUACAAGGUUUGAUUCUUUGGUUGUACAGAUCUAUUGAAAAAAGAGAAUAAAGUUAUUAAAAACA